GUAUCAUGCGUGAAACGGAACGUACCCAAGGUCUCGUCAUGAUCUACAAUCCAACAACUCUGGAUUGAUGCAUUUAUAUUAUAUUAUUCAAAUAUCUUAUCAUUUUGUGACUUGCGAGUAUGUUUUUUGCGUUUGUUGUUGCGGGUUAGAAUACAGAUUUCUUGACAUAAACUUGACAUAAACCGUAUUUUAUGGGAUAUCGAGAGUGCUCCUUUAGCCUCAAAAGAGACUCCGCCACACUCUGGCUCUCUUUAAAAGCGUGACGUACUGUAACUUUAAUUCUUUGAGGUCGGUAAUUUUUAAGAUUGAGAUACAAUAAAAAAAAAGGAAUUACGUUCUCAGCUAAUUAAAGAAUCUUUAUUUUACGAAGAUCAGAGUGGACAUAAAAUCACAUUUAGGUUAUGUCGUUACUUGUAGCCGGUUUGCGUAAACACAUGGGACGGACUCAUGCUGUGAGCAUUUAAACACUAACCUGUUUCUCGAAAUAUAUUGCAUCAGAUUAAUUAUCCCUCGCAGAGACAAACCGAUGUACAACACUCGUAGUUAUUUGCAAAAUUAGACAUCAUGAAGAAGAAACAAUUUGGCGAGUUCUUAGGAGAAUUCCAACUCCCACAUGAGGUGUCUAUUAUGAACUUCGUCUCUGCACGAGCCCAUGAAAUUGCUGCGAUGACAUCUUCGAUAGAGAAUCCUCAGCAUAACAAGUUGAUACAUCAGAAGCUUCCUAUAUACAUGCGUAGACGUGUCAUGUCUCACAAUUCCAAAAGAAUGCCACGUAGGUUGCGAGAGGCGCACAAAGCACAAAUGGCAAAAUCAGCAAAUGGCAAAAAGCCAUCAGUGAAAAAACGGCCAUCUCGGAAGCAUCGUAGAAGACCACGCAAUUUACUGUCCGAAUAUAAUCGCAGGCAGUGCAACAAGAUCUGGUUGGAAACGCAUAUCUGGCAUGCAAAACGCUUUCAUAUGAUCGACAAAUGGGGAUAUAGAAUUGCCAAUUAUCCAAACGACAGGUGUUUUAGAGCUAAUUAUCGAGCCGUCGUAAAGUACUGCCUCUUACAGGAUGUUUCCUACUAUACCUGUGUCGAAAUCACAGGUGAGGAAAAUUUAUUGAAGACAACUUUGAGAGCACACUGUAAUCAGUCGACAUUGACUUUUGCGGCAAAAAAGUAUAUUAACGGCUAUAAAGAGGGCACUUUGAUGUUUUUCAAGAAAGACGGUUACCCACAUUCUCCGAUUGGUAAUGUAGAGUUUUUUUGGCAACCGAUUGAAUCGGACGUUCAAGUGGAUAUUAGGACUAUAUGGAUCUGGGUGCAUCCUGCCUUCUACGAUGAUUUUCUGAGCGAAAUUAUAUCGAGUUUUGAAUUUAAGCGAAAUGACGUUGAACAAGAUGCAACCGACACCAUCCAUGGCUUGAAUUGUUCAUAUGUGAAUGACGCAGGUUGUAAAAUGACCAUAUUAAGAGGUGCGUUGAAUAGAUUUCGGCUUCAUGGGACAUUGGCUCUAAAAGUACUGACAAGAGCGUUACAAUUGCCAUCCUUGAAUAAGUUAGAACUUUCGACUCACAUUGCUCCAGAAGAUAAUGACAGUUCAUCAGGUAAUAAGAUGAUAGACAUGAGUAAAAUAUCGAUAGACAAUGAUAUUGCGCAAUCUACAAAGAAGAUUGUGGGUCCCUUUUCCAAACUUUCAUAUUACGUUUCAUCGCCCUCUCACUUUCCGACCAAAAUAAAUGAAGAUAACACUGCCAAAUAUUUGAAUAUAGAACUUAGUAAAAAGGCAUGGUAUAUUAAUUAUUAUAAGAAACAGAAAAAUAUGAAGGCUUUUGAAGUACAAGAACAAUUGUGGCAAACACUGAAGUCUCUGGAAUCGUCGAAUGAUUUACCAUCAAGUAUGAUUAUAGGAGUGACCGUUUUAGAUCCACGUUUCUACUUACUUGAGAAAAGAACGAAAUGUAAUACUGAAGUAACAAAAACACUUUCUAAUUUAGUUCAAAUUUAUCAACCUGUAUCUAAUUGUAAUUGUUCUCCUAUUUGGGAGACUGAAAUACGUCAUAUCGUUAGCAAUUCUUGCGUGCCUACAGGCACUAUUAAUAAACUCAGAAGUGAAUGUCUUGUACCUGGUAUAGCAAAUGACCGAUUUUAUAACGAGAAUAUUAUGGCGAAAAUACCUAUACUUCUUAUUCAGAGACCUGGAACUAUAACAGGUUUUGGGUCUGGCAUGGAUGUUAUUGUACCAGGUAAAUGGGCGAUGCCGUUUUGGCUUGCAUUUAUAAUGCAAUGUGCAAGAGUAGGUGCGCUUCGAGAAUCAAAAUCUAUAGCUUUUGAAAGUUUGAAUCCAAACGCACCUGAUAUUAAUGAUCCCGACAGUCCUGCCUACAUGAGAGAAGCAUUACUUAUAAAAGAGGAGUUGAUUAAAAGAUAUUUCUGUUAUCCACCAAAUAGAAGAGUUAAUUUUGUCAAAUUCGGAAUUUGUAGUCCAUUUUUCUGCGACUGGAAAAAUUUGACGAAAGACUGGUCGGGCAAGGAAGAUUUUUAUGUUUUAAGAAAUCGGGAACUUUUAUUACAUUUACAAACUGAUAUUUGCUCUAUCAAAAAUAGAAACGCAAAAUUACUUGCCCAAAAUACGGAAUUUAAUUUUUCAAUUUUAGACGAUUGUAAAAAUUGUUUAAUACGCGUUCAAAUAUCUAUAGUAAGGAAAGGAUUGCCAAAAACAUUCGCUAUUAUAUGUAUGCCUACAUCCGAAGAUUUAAUAAAAUUUGGAAAUGAUAAGAAAUAUUUUGGACCUAUAGAAAAAUGUCAUAAUGAUCCGAACGAAAAAGUGCGUAAGGCAUUACGAAAGAAUCAUUUAAUGCUGUUAAAACGACUAAGGCGACAGAGAGUUCGACAAAAUCGAGCGUUAAAGGACAAUGCGUUAAAGUUUCUCAAAGAAGAAUCUAUCGGUAAGUCAAACGAAAAUAAACGUAUUACCAUUUUAACACAUCGUAAAAUUAUAUCUGAUCAAUCAGUAAAAAUGUCAGAAUUAUAUCUUCCAAGAUGUACAAAAAUUCGUUAUUCCUGCGAUAGAGAAGUUAUGGGAUUUAUAACACUAGGGCACUUUUCGUUCAGUCAAGCAAAGGGUAUCGGCAUUGGGUACAUCACUUUGCCCUCAUUACUCGAAAUGAUUAACAAAAAGUCCAACAUUGUUCUUGUCAGAAAUAUUCAAACACGACAGUACAGAUUAGCUGAAUUGAAUAUAUUAGGUGUUUGAUAUAAUGUGUUUUGUAGAUGAAUUAAAAAAAUUUUAUAUCAGAAUCUUUACAAUAUUACCGAGAAAAUUGAAAAAAAUCUGAAAUGUA